AAGGUAUAUUACUGUUACAUUUAUAUAACAAUUUGACAUUGUGGUUUAUUUGGCAAGAUUAAAUUUUCGAUUUUGAAGCAUUUUCUGUUGAAGUUCCGUUUAAAUUUGGAACGCUUUUCGUACCCAGCAGGCAUGUUCACAGACAAUCUUCCGACAGAUCCAAAAAUAGUGAUUAUCGGAGGUGGAGUUGCCGGUUUGGCCGCUGCAACAAGACUUCUGGAAAGGGGCUUUUCAAAAGUUAAAGUUUUAGAAGCUGAAAACCGAUUAGGCGGUCGUGUUAAAACAGUUGCAUUUGGAGAUAGAUAUGUGGAUUUGGGUGCUCAUUGGAUUCAUGGUGAAGAAGGGAAUUCUGUCUUUAACAUUGCAUCCUCAAUGGAACUUACCUGUAAUUCUAGGGACUUUGAAAAUGUCAUGUUUGUCACCGAGGAUGGCGAGGAGGUCUCGUCCUGCCCGGAACUGUAUCUCAACAUGGGUGAAAUUUUAGAAGAUGAAGACACUCUGAAAAAUACCAAGGGCAACUUGUACGACUUUGUAGUUUCCAGGUGUACAAAAAUUUCAAAAGAGAAAUUGUUAGAUCAUCGGGUUUUACAGGCUUUUGUAGAGUGGUUUAUUAAAUUUGAAUGUACUAUCGAAGGAUGUGAUGAUUUGAAAGAUGUUUCUGCACCUGGCUUGGCUGAAUACAAAAGAUGCCCAGGUGACUCUGUAAUGACUUGGAAAGACGGUGGCUACAAUUCAAUUGUUGAAAUACUUUUGAAUAUGCAUCCUCUUUCCGAGGGCCCAGCUGUUGAUUUGGAGGAGAUUGUUUUUUUAAACUGUGAAGUUAUUGAGAUCGACUGGAGUGGUUUAGAAGCACUGAUAAAAUGUGCCAAUGGGUCUAUCCACCGAGCUGAUCACGUUAUUGUCACCGUUUCUGUCGGUGUAUUAAAAGAAAGACAUUCGACAUUGUUUAAGCCACCCCUGCCAGAUUCAAAGCUGGAUGCUAUCAGAGGUUUAGGUAUCGGCACCGUGGAUAAGAUUUAUCUUCAUUUUCCUUAUCAAUGGUGGCCACAGAAUUGCUCAGGGUUCAGUCUUCUUAGAAAAAAUACAAUUUUAUCAAGAAGUGAAGUUUAUCCUUGGGAAAAUGGUGUCAUAGGUUUUUAUGCCGAGAGUUCGGCACCCAAAGUGCUUGGGGCUUGGCUUAUCGGUGAUGCUGCUAGGGAUGCUGAACUGUACACCGAUGAACAAAUUUUAGAAGGAUGUUAUAGACUGUUGAGAAAUUAUCUCGGCCAUAAAUUCGUUAUUCCGGAACCGACUGAUGUCUUAAGGAGUAAAUGGUUCAGCAAUCCUCAUUUCCGGGGUUCAUACAGUUUCCGAAGUUUAACUACAGAGGCCUUAAAAACUGGUGCUAAGUCUUUGGCUAAGCCUAUUGCCAAUUUUUAUAACAGAGAACUUUUAAUGUUCGCUGGUGAAGCUACACAUCCCAAUUAUUAUUCUACUGUCCACGGUGCUUUGGAAUCAGGCUGGAGGGAAGCGGAUAACAUUGCCAAAAAAUAUGUGUUGUCUCGCAAAUGUUCGCUGUAACAAUUUAUAUCGCAAAGUCCACACCUACACCCAGGAAGAAGAGAGCCCCAGCCCCCCCACCGGGGAAAAAUGCGGCACCAGGGGACUCCACCUCAAAUUCCAAUUUGACUCAAGUACGUCCGAUCUCCUGGUGAGAUGUGCGUGUGUGCCUGGCCACCCACAUUCCAAACCGAUCGGGGACGGCUAUCGAUGUCCAUGUACCAGAGCCACCCCAGCGCCACACACCCCCAGCAACCAGACAAGGAACCCCCACCCCCCCACCCCAGGCAGCAGGCCAGAGACAAUUAUCAUCUCAAAUAGUUAUGUGGCACUCAUGGACAAAUUUAACGAUAUUUGUAUAAAUACAAAGAUCUUUAGGAAACAGUAGACAUCUAUAAUCAAAUGGUUUGUCCAACGUUAAAUUAAAUUUUAAAAUUGGACAAAACAAUAUUUCAUCAGAUUUUGUUUUAUACAUACAAAGACAAAACAACCAGACAGAACAUAUUUUAUUGUUUAUUUCAAAUAAUAUGCAUUUUAUCGUUAUACUAAUUACAACACAUUUAUGUUAAUUUAAGAUUAACACAGAUUGUUUAAUUCAAAUUAAACAAGAUGGAAAAUUAUGAGUUUUAAUAAAAAAUAUUUAAACAUGGUGGUUUGAAUGAAAAUUCUCCAAAACAGGAAAUCAUUUAGUGACAGAUUUAACUAACAAUUUUUUUAAAACCUUGUUUUGCUCUGAGCAUGCUGUUAACAAUAAAACUAGGUAAAAAAUUAUUAGUUAAAUUUUAAUCUAUCAUUAAAUGAUUUAUCAGUUUUGUGUUUUGUUGCUUUGUUGGUGAUUUUUCUUUCAAACCGUCAUAAUUAAAUAAUUUUGAUUAAAACAUGAAUUUCUGAUCUCGUUUAGUUUGGUUUACAUUACAAUAAGUGUGUUGAUAUGGUAAUAAAAAAACAUAUAUGUAGUUUGAAAUAAACAACAAAAUAUGAGUCUUUUUUGAUUAUAUAAAAUUGAAGAAUAUUUAUUUAUUGUUUAUUGUUUUUAAGUUCUACAAUAUUUGAAAUAUUUAUGUUUUUGUUUUAUUUUAAAUUCAUUAUAUGUUUAUUUUUUGUUUGGACGAUGCAAGACAGUUCUUUUUGCACAGUGUUAUGUAUGUGGCUAAUGUGUAUAUAAAUUUGUAUUAAUUUUUGUGAUAUUGGUAAUAAAGUUUAUUAUUAAAUAUUA